AUGUAUAUGUCUAUAAGAGGUGGUAAUACAACUAUAGAUAAUUUCUUUGCAGAUUUAAAAAAAUGCUGGCUUGAACGUCAAUCUGGAAACAAUAGUAUACAACCAACGUUAAUAAAUCAACAACCAACAUUGGAUAUUUUAACCAAUUUUGCUCAACGUUUAGGAUAUUCCGGUAAUUUAGCCGAUUAUAAUCAAAUGCAAAAAUAUAUUGAAAACGAUCUUUAUAGAAGGCAGGUUCAAAAUAUCAAAAAUGAACCGUUUGAACCACAAAGAAAAUUAUAUGCUACAAAACAACCUGCUUCUAGAAAG